AGGUUCUCUUUGAAGACCUGCUAGUCUGCACCGUCUAGCGUGAUUCUUGCCUGGUCUGUGUCCUCGCUUCCUCUUCAGGUAUUUGUAGGAAAAUGAGGCCUCCAUCCACCAGGUCACCCUCACAAAGGUUACUCUGAGUCAUGGUUGACCAGCAGUCAGGAGUGCCAGAACUGAGUAACCCCACUGGAAUGUGGCCUGUGGCUACUGUUAUUGCCCCAGGUCAUUUAAAUGACAACUCCCUCCCGGAAUCCAUAGCGUCCCUCUUUGCAGUGGGGAGACGGUGGCUUUCCUGUGUCUGAGUCAGCAAGGUGGUCAGAGCCUGGCUCUCCCCUUUCCUGGGAAGUGAGGGCGCUUACUUGAAGCAUGCUGUCUCCUGUCCCAGAGGAACCACUGCUGCUGGCCGAACUCAAGCCCGGGCGCCCCCACCAGUUUGAUUGGAAGUCGAGCUGUGAAACCUGGAGUGUUGCCUUCUCCCCGGAUGGUUCCUGGUUCGCCUGGUCUCAAGGACACUGCAUUGUCAAGCUGAUCCCCUGGCCUCUGGAGGAGCAGUUCAUCCCUAAAGCAUUUGAAGCCAAAAGCCGAAGCAGCAAAAAUGAUACAAAGGGGCGAGGGAGCCCAAAGGAGAAGACGCUGGAUUGUGGGCAGAUUGUCUGGGGUCUGGCCUUCAGCCCGUGGCCUUCUCCACCCGGCAGGAAGCUCUGGGCGCGCCGCCAUCCCCAGGUGCCGGACGUCUCCUGCCUGAUCCUUGCUACAGGGCUCAAUGAUGGGCAGAUCAAGAUUUGGGAGGUACAGACAGGGCUCCUGCUCCUGAACCUCUCCGGCCACCAAGACGUCGUGAGAGAUCUGAGCUUCACGCCCAGUGGCAAUUUGAUUUUGGUCUCUGCGUCUCGGGAUAAGACUCUUCGCAUCUGGGACCUGAAUAAACAUGGUAAACAGAUCCAGGUGUUAUCGGGCCACCUGCAGUGGGUUUACUGCUGCUCCAUCUCGCCAGACUGCAGCAUGCUGUGUUCUGCGGCUGGAGAGAAGUCGGUCUUCCUAUGGAGCAUGCGGUCCUACACAUUAAUCCGGAAGCUAGAGGGCCACCAAAGCAGCGUCGUCUCUUGUGACUUCUCCCCCGACUCGGCCUUGCUUGUCACGGCUUCUUACGACACCAGUGUGAUCAUGUGGGACCCCUACACUGGCGAGAGGCUGAGGUCACUCUACCACACCCAGCUCAGCCCCGCCAUGGAUGACACUGACGUCCACAUUAGCUCCCUGAGAUCUGUGUGCUUCUCUCCCGAAGGCUUGUACCUCGCCACAGUGGCGGAUGACAGGCUCCUCAGGAUCUGGGCCCUCGAAGUGAAAACUCCGAUUGCGUUUGCUCCUAUGACCAAUGGUCUUUGCUGCACAUUUUUUCCACAUGGUGGAGUUAUUGCCACAGGGACAAGGGAUGGCCACGUCCAGUUCUGGACAGCUCCUAGGGUCCUCUCAUCACUGAAGCACUUAUGCCGGAAAGCCCUGCGAAGUUUCCUGACAACGUACCAAGUGCUAGCACUGCCGAUCCCCAAGAAAAUGAAAGAGUUCCUCACGUACAGGACUUUACUGGCAAAGGAGAAGAUUUAAAAGAUUAAACUCUAUCAUCUCACUGAUCAGAAUCUUUAGGGAGAGAAAUUAUGCAAAGAAUUCUUACUUAAAUAUUGUCCUCGUGCUAGCAAAGCUCAGGAUUGGCCCCCGAACGAUGUCUAUCCCUCGGUCAUCUGAAGCAUUCAGCUAAAUGUGAAAGAGAGAAGCCAGAAUAAACAGAAAACCUGCUGGUGUGCUGUCUAUGAA